UUUCUCACGUUUUGAUGCUGUGCUAAAUGACAACAAAGAAAAUGUCGGAAGCUCGGCGGGCAGACUUUCACCACAUCCACGACGCCUGGAUCGAGGCUACCAACGUCUACCUCGCCGUUAUCCUCAUCAGUAUCGGGCUGUUCUUGUACGUCAAAAAGCACUUUAAAAGGCCAAUGAUCCGAGUGUUUCCGAGCUCAGGACAAGACUCUGUCUCUGCUGUAGACAGGCGCAAAAGAGCUGAUGACGACUUCAAAAAUGUACGACUGAGGCAACAGCUGGAACACUGGUACAUCGCAAGGAAAUGGGAGCAAGGUCAGGAGAGGUCAGCAUCCUUGGAAAAGUCCUCAACAGUUCCCCCAUCAACAGUUGUUAGCAUUGAGGAUAGAUGAUGAUUAGGCAGCAUCUAUGAGGACAAAAAGUGUUUUACCUCGGGUUGGUGGAUGGUGGAAAAAGCAGUCGAGUCUGACAUCCCAACUCUGCAUGUGAGCCAUUCCAACAACAGACUGUUGACUGAUUACAGGCCAGUCUACUCAACCUGGAGUUUCAGGCUGAUACAGUACUUUUGCCCCAUGUCGCUGUUGUUAUUAAGAUUGCUCCACUUUUUUGUUAUCAAAAAAGGAGCAAGUAUUUUUGAACACGGUAGAAAGGUCAAGUGGAUUUUGUCUUUUAUUUAUCUCAGAAUCAUCACCUAUUACUAUUCAUGUACUGUCCCAUAUGUACUUGCACUUGCAAAUACCUGUAAAGUCUAAGUAUUCCACUAAAUGAGACCAUUGCAAGGCUAUCACUACCUUAAUAGCCACUGCAUUUUAUAAGUAUGACUGGAGAGGGACAAAGAGAUUACUCUUCACUUUAGCUACUGAAACAAAAAAGAAAAGUGCAAUAACAUCUGUUUCAUACUUAUCUACAACAAUAAAUGAUAUAGAAAUGUUAGUUUCCUGUUUUCUAUUGAAGAAUUUGCUUAUGAUUUUUCCUUGACACAGUAUUUCUGCCACUGGAGUGACCAUCAGUGAAAUGACGUGUUUUGCCUGGGAAGGCCUGGCCUCAUACAGGGGUCAUUCUCUCUCUCUCUCUC